UCCGCAACUAUGUGCCUAGCGUGCUGCACAUAUUUUCCAGUUAGUUGGUGUCAGUAGAUGUCAGUUGCUUAGUAGGUGUUAGACAGUGCAUAUGCGAGGAUGUCGGCGAAUGAGAACGAGCUUAAUACGAUGACGACGACGACCGCCACAACGGUCACGAUGCCCGCCACAACCACCACGACGCCCGCGACAGCCACGACGGCCACGAUAGCGGUGUCUGAAAAAAUUACUGGGGCGACAUCGACGACGGCAGCGAUGGCCACGACGGCGACCGAACCAAUAACGUUAACAGUAAGUAUAAAAAUCUACGAGGGCAGUCUGAGAAGUUCUCGGCGCUGA